AUGUAUCCCUUUCUAACCCAGGGCUUCAGUGUCGUCUCCACACGGGUGAAAGACUUGCAACUUGAUAUGGCUACAACAUCUUUUGACGACCAGUACAACGGCUGCGUGGACGAGAUGGAGGAUAAAGUGGGAGAGCUCCAGCGCUCUGAGUUUGCCAACAAGACCUAUGCAGAUGCCUGGAAAAAUGCGACUGCCAUGUGGAACAAGAAGAAGCCCGCAGGCCUCAAGCGAGAGUACGGCAUCGCAGUCGUGGCCUACACAGACAAAAGCAGCUCCUUAUACAGGGCUUUAAAUGAAGGUGUACGGAAAGCAGGACAGAGUAAACACUAUUACCUCAAGGACUUCAAGUUGAAGUCCUUCCACUAUCUCUUGACCAGGGCCCUUCAAGUCCUACGAAGCAACUCUAACGGCGAGAACUAUACAAC